AUGGACGAUCUCGCCGGUCUGAACUGGUCGGCCCCCAGCCAGGGGAAGCCUGCCAGUGCGCAAUCGGCGCCGACAAACCCCGCGGUAACAGCUUACCCUUCCCUGCGGCCGUCCCCGUCUCCGUUCGCAUCCGGCCGCAAUACCCCGCUGUCCACUCAAGGUUCUGGCAGCAUCGGCGCCAAACCACCAGCUCCCAAAGUUGCACAAGACAGCUUCGGCAACUUGCUCAGCUUCGGGCCCGGUAAGACCAACGCGAAUCUCAGCCUCCGUGAGCGGCAAGACCAGCUGGAGGCCGAGAAGAGAAGGAAAGAGGAGGAGCGACGGAAGCAAACACAGGCACACUAUGGAGAUGGGCGCUUCUUUGACUCCCUUGGCCAGAAUCAAUCUGGUUCAUUGAGAACGUCGUCUCCUGCAACACCGGCCUCGCCAUAUGUGCAGGGACCUAGUGCAGGAUCACUGCAGGGGAAGCCGCCAGCUGAGUCGGAUGACGAUUUAUUCGCAGCGUUCAGUGCCAGCACGAAAGUCGACAACUCGAGCCACUUCCCGCCGCCCGUGCCGCCCAGCAACCCUCCUGCGAACGCACCUAAACUAGACCUCGGUAAUCCGCAGUCCUGGAGCCAGCCUGCGGCAUCUGGCGGCGGAGGUCCUAGCGGCGGCGACGACGAUGAUGAUCCGUUUGGGCUUAGCCAAUUCCAAACGAGAACCAGCCAACCUCCUCCACAGGCUAUCGGGCAUGAGGACGAGGAUGACGACCUACUGGGCGACCUCGGUAAGCCCGUGGAUCAAGUCAGGAGGAAGGCGGCCCCGACUUUUGCGCGGGAGCCUGAACCAGGAAAGCCGAUCGAAGAUUCCUCCUCGGACUCCGAGGUUGAACCACCAGCCGCAUCGGAUGACCCAUUCGACAAGGCUGUCGCUCAACUCGUGGACUACGGUUUCACCCCAGAAAAUGCCAGGAGAGGGCUUACGGAGAGCGGCGCGGGGCUAGAUGUCCAAGCUGCCGUCAAUUGGCUGUUGGAUGACGCCCACAGGCAGGCGAAGGAAAAGACAAAAGGCCGGGGCAGCGCGAAAGAACAACCCAGGGACAGGGGCGAACGAGCCCCGAGCCAAUCUCGAAACGGGACACCAUCAUGGAUGAGGGAUGGCGACGACGACAUUAGGCGUAACGACAGCCGGUCGCCAGCUUCCAUGGAUGGUGAUUUUGCCAAGACCGCGGCAGCUGUGGGUUCAAGUUUCCUCAAGUCGGCGAACAGCCUGUGGAAAACGGGGCAAAAGAAAGUCCAGAAAGCUGUGGCCGAGUUCCAGCAGGACGGUGACCCGAGCCAGCCAAAGUGGAUGCGGCCCAACCAGGAUCAUGGUGCCAGUGGAGGCACCAGGAGACAGGUGCCCGACGUCACUGACGAGGCUCUGAUGUUGGAGUCGGGAGGCCGGCCAGAAGCAAGAUCAGGGAGGCUAGCGCCCCAGAGCCGGGACUCUAGCGGUACCCCGUCCCGUGAACGCUCGCCGGCUUUGCCGGCUCGACCAGGAAAGGGGGGCCAGGUUCCGAAAUGGCAGCAGGUUUCACAGCCCCCCUUGAAUGCGCGGGCCCGGGUGAGCAAACAAACAGCCGAGGAGGAGAGCUUCCAAGCAUACGUUAGCCCAGCCCGGAGGAAAAAGACGACCCCACAGCCGCAGCCAGAAGCCAGGUUCGAUGAACCAGAGCCGGACCUGCUUUUUGGCGCAGCCCCUUCGACGUCCCGACCUACACCACCGGCCCGGUCCCCACAAGCAUCUCCAGUUCCUCGGCCCGCAGCCCGGCCGUCUCCUGCUCCCAAACCUGCGCCGCCUCGCCCUGUUCGCCAGAUACCCAAUAUCUCACCCAUUGCUUUGCAAAAUUCGACAAAAUGCCGCCUAGAGGGCACCGCACAUUUCAAACGCGGCGACUUCGCGGCCGCUCACGCUUCAUACACCUCCUCCAUGACUGCCAUUCCACAAGACCACCCCCUAAGCAUCCUCCUGCUCUGCAACCGUGCCUUGACAGCACUCAAGACGGGCGAGCCGCGUCAAGCAGUCGAGGAUGCCGACACAGCCAUCCGUCUAAUUGGUCCAGGUAAAGGCGAAGGUGAGCAGGUCGACCUCCAAGGAGAGAAUGGCGCGCCCGGCGAGAAGCGCGACAUGCGUGACCUCUACGGCAAAGCGCUCAGUCGCAAGGCCGAAGCGCUCGAGCAGAUGGAGAAGUGGGCCGACGCCGCUGUCGUUUGGCAGCUCUGCGUCGAGGCUGGCCUGGGCGGAGCGACUGCUGCAGCCGGGAGGCAGCGUUGCCAGAAAGCCCUCGCGCCGAAGCCCGCGCCAACACCCCGGCCCGCCUCGACGCGGCCGGCAGCUACUCCGCGUCCCCGACCAUCCACCACUCCCCAGAAGAGCUUCGAGGCGGUGGAGCGUCUGCGGGCGACGCACCAGGCGGCCGAGCGGGAAGGCGACGAGAAGCUCGCGCUAACUGACAAGGUCGACGCGCGCAUCGCGGCCUGGCGGGACGGUAAGCGUGACAAUCUACGCGCGCUGCUCGGCAGCCUGGAUGCAGUGCUGUGGGAGGGGAGCGGGUGGACGAAGGUCGGGCUGCAUGAGCUAGUCGUGGCGAAGAAGGUGAAGAUUAUCUACAUGAAGGCCAUUGCUAAGACGCAUCCUGACAAGAUGCUACGACUGAGGUGCGCAUGA